UAGAAACACUUCUAGUGGGAGGUAAGGUGAUUUGUGACUCAAUCUGUGAGGUGCAGUACAAAGGUUUCUUUGAGCUAUGCUGUGUGAGAGGCAAGAACCAAGGUGUGGGACGGGCUUUCUGAGUCUCUUUGUCUUUGCUCUGACUUGCACUUGCUCGCAGUAAGUCAAUUAUACCUGUUGCAAAGUCCCUUCAUCAUGUAGCACCUCCGUUAAUGUACAGAAUGUUUCGACAAAUUUUCCUUUUUGGCAAUUUUGUUCUUCUGUUCCCAAUGACAUUUUUCCGGAGAACAUGAGGUUUGUUUUACGAACUUGAGUUGAUAAUUAAAACUUGGGGAAAGUUUAUUUUUAAAUGUUUUCUUCAAGCAACUUUCACUUCUUUGAAGAGAACAGCUCCUACUUUGAAUCUAUUUCGAAAUGUCUACUCAUCACACAACCGUGGGUGCGUUCACAGUGUGGGAUUAUGUGGUGUUCGUGAUCAUGCUGCUUGUUUCUGCAUCCAUUGGAGUCUAUCAUGCAAUUAAAGCAAGGGGCCAGCAAUCCAACAGCCAGUUUUUGCUUGGAGACAGACAGCUGAGGGCAUUGCCUGUGGCUAUGUCCCUUACUGCCAGCUUUAUGUCUGCAGUGACAGUGAUUGGGACACCAGCAGAGGUUUACCAGUUUGGGGCUAUGUUCUUGAUUUUCUGCAUUAGCUAUGCCAUAGUGACCAUCGUCAGUGCUGAAUUCUUCCUGCCUGUAUUCUACAGACUCAACAUCACCAGUACUUAUGAGUAUUUAGAUAUGAGGUUCAACAAACUAGCUCGAUACACUGGGACCAUUUUCUACAUUAUUCAAACAGUUCUAUACACUGGGAUUGUCAUUUACGCUCCUGCACUAGCACUGAAUCAGGUAACUGGACUUGAUCUCUGGGGCGUUCUUGUUGCAACUGGUCUUGUCUGCACCUUUUACUGUACCCUGGGUGGUCUAAAAGCCGUGGUUUGGACUGAUGUCUUCCAGAUGGGGAUUAUGAUAUCUGGAUUUUUGGCGGUGAUAAUCCGAGGUGUAGUAAUCCAAGGAAGUUUUGAACGCAUCUGGAAUAUUUCAUAUCAUGGAGGAAGACUCAACUUCUGGGAUUUUGAUCCAAACCCAUUAAGGCGACACAGCUUCUGGACGAUCGUGGUUGGUGGAAGUUUUAUGUGGACAGCUAUUUAUGGCAUCAAUCAGUCUCAGGUUCAGCGGUAUAUCGCAUGUAAAAACCUGUUUGAGGCUAAGCUAUCUCUCUACCUCAAUUUGGUUGGUCUGUGGAUAACAGCAUUCUGUGCAGUGUUUACUGGGCUCACUAUGUACUCUAUUUAUCAUCAAUGUGAUCCUCUGACUCAGAAGAAAAUCAGAGCACCAGACCAGUUGCUCCCAUACCUGGUGAUGGAUAUUCUGAGGGAUUAUCCUGGUGUUCCAGGACUCUUUGUUGCAGCCGCAUACAGUGGGACUUUGAGUACGGUUUCCUCUAGCAUCAAUGCAUUGGCUGCUGUCACAGUGGAGGACGUCAUCAAACCUUUCACCAGUUUAUCGGAGCAGAAACUUGCUUGGGUCACAAAGGGACUCAGCUUAAUGUUUGGAAUCAUCUGCAUUGGAAUGGCUGCAUUAUCCUCUCUGAUGGGAAGCGUUCUGCAGGCUGCCCUCACUAUAUUUGGGAUUGUUGGUGGUCCAUUGCUUGGCUUGUUCCUGCUUGGCAUGAUAUUCCCUUGUGCUAGUUCAAUUGGUGCACUAUCUGGCCUUGCUGUCAGUUUCAUAUUGACACUGUGGAUAGGAAUCGGUGGACAAGUUUAUCAACCACUACCUGACCAAACCCGACCACUAGUCCUCAAUACAGCAGGAUGCUUCUUUAACACCACUGACACUACACAGCCAGUGACAGGAAGCCCCUGGACAACAAUAAACCAAACUACAGAGAUGACUUCCAGACCAGUAAUUGCAGACACUUUGUAUUCAAUCUCGUAUCUUUACUUGAGCCCAAUAGGAACUAUGACUGUAUUGGUCCUUGGUCUCAUUAUCAGUUUGCUGACAGGAGGGAAGAGGAACACGGUGGACGUGAAGCUCUUGUUCACAUACAGGGAUAUGCUAUGCCACACUUACCUUGCCAACAGAAGUGUUCACUCACAGAAGACGAUUACCAAGGAUGAGCUGGAAGGACCAGCUGACACAGGAAAGGUCAACCCCACAUUCACUGAACAGGAACUCAACAAUCCUGAGAAGCAGGAUCAUAUUAUAUCUACAACGUAUUUAUAGUUAGCAUGUGGACUUUCUUGAAUAAACGUACAGUGAACAAUUCAUCAGGCUUUGGAGAGGUCUAACACAAUGGCUUGUGUCUGUGUAAAAUUGUCCUGUACAUUGUUCCAAAGAUCACAGGACAAUAAAUAACUCAGGCCCCUUCCCUCCUAUCCCAGUACUACUAUUUCUGAACUGCAGUGUGAAUGGAUCGAUUUUUAUAUUGCACUUCCAGUCAAAUCAAACUAGCAGCAGCUGCUCUAACACUUCUUCCAGACAUUAGCUUUAAACAUUCUAAUGUCUGCAAAAACUCAGCAAAUCUGGCAGCAUCUAUAAAGAGAGCAGAUUUAAUAUUUCAGGUCUAGUGAUCCUUCUUCU